CAGAAAGAGUAUUUAUGAGAACUUCGUUUCACCAACACUACAACUAGAAUCUAGAUUUAGAUUUCUACAUCUCUACAACUAGAUUCUAGAUCUAGAUAUUGAAUAAUUGUCCAAUUGACAAUGAACCCGUUAACCAAUGUAAAAAAUCUACAAAAACUAAAUGAAAGAGAAUUGGAACUUGGUAUUAUUGGAAAGAAGUCCUGGCAUGAUGAAUAUAAAGAUAGCGCUUGGGUUUUUAUUGGUGGAUUGCCAUUUGAUUUAUCAGAGGGAGAUGUCAUCUGUGUGUUUUCUCAGUAUGGUGAAAUAGUUAAUUUGAAUCUGGUACGUGAACACAAAACUGGCAAGUCAAAAGGAUUUGCUUUUCUCUGCUACGAAGAUCAGCGCAGUACAGUAUUGGCAGUAGACAAUUUAAAUGGCAUCAAGAUCUUGAGCAGGACUAUAAGGGUGGACCAUGUGAAAGAAUACAAAGUUCCAAAAGAAUAUGGGGAUGAAGAUGAACUGACAAAGAAAAUUCGUGAUGAAGGAUGUGCGCCCAAGCUUGCAGAGUCCAAUGAAGAAGAUGACAGUCAGAAGGAAACUACUCAGCGUGAAAAGAAACCAGAAAAAAAAAUUAAAGAUGAAAAGAAAAAGAAAGAAAAAAAGAAAAGGAAGAAGAAGAAACGUCAAGAAAGCUCGUCCUCCAGUUCAAGUGACUCAGAUGAGAAGAAGCCAAAGAUGGAAUUGUUGGAGAUUAAACAGGAGAAGGAAGAUCAGGGCUACGAGAAAUCAGCUAGGCCUAAAGAAUUGGCUAGGCCAAAAGAAUCAGUUAGGCCUAAAGAAUCGACUAGGCCUAAAGAAUCGGCUAGGCCUAAAGAAUCAGAUAGGGCUAAAGAUUCGCUGAGGCCUAAAGAAUCUUCAAAAAAGCCCAAAUCAGGUGACAGUAAUCCAGGAAAGUUUCAGAGAAAUGGGCGAGGGAGACAGGACAGUAGUAGUGAUAGUGGUAGCAGUGAAAGAGCCAGACCAACCAAUGGGUCUUCCAAGGGAAGAGCUGUAAGCAGCUCUGAGAGUAGCAGUGAUGGAGAGAGGGGGAAGUUUGUAGAUCAAGGGAGGGGUGGAAACAGCGAUAGUAACAAAAGUAAAGGUAAAAAUAAGGACAGAAGCAUGGUAGAAAAAAAUGAUCAAGUGAGAAAGGCUAGCAAAGUUGGGUAUAGAGGUAGAGAGAGAGAUAGAAGUGUUGAGAGAGAUAGAAUGGGGAAGAGAGACAGGGAUAGAGGAGACAGAAGCAGAGAGAAUGAGAAAAGAGACAGAAGUAAAGAUAGAAACAGAGAGAGAGACAGGAGUAGAGACAGAAACAGAGAGAGAGACAGGAGUAGAGACAGAAGCAGAGAGAGAGACAGGAGUAGAGACAGAAGCAGAGAGAAAGACAGGAGUAGAGAGAAAGACAGAAGUAGAGACAGAAGCAGAGAGAGAGACAGAAGUAGAGAGAAAGACAGGAGUAGAGACAGAAGCAGAGAGAAAGACAGGAGUAGAGACAGAAGCAGAGAGAAAGACAGGAGUAGAGACAGAAGCAGAGAGAAAGACAGGAGUAGAGAGAAAGACAGGAGUAGAGACAGAAGCAGAGAGAAAGACAGGAGUAGAGACAGAAGCAGAGAGAAAGACAGGAGUAGAGACAGAAGCAGAGAGAAAGACAGGAGUAGAGACAGAAGCAGAGAGAAAGACAGGAGUAGAAGCACAGAGAGAGACCGAAAUAGGGUUGAGAAAAGAAACAGGAGCCAAGAAAGAGAUAGAUCAAGCAAUGCUCGGGACAGGGGAGGUAACAGAGACAGCCAUAGAAACAGUAGGUACAAGAAUAAGAAUGAUGAUUACAGAGAAGAUGGGAAAAGAUACAGAUAAAGUUUACAGAUAUUAGAGGCAGCCACUUUCAUAAAUUUCAUGCUGAAACACAUUUGUAAAUAUCAUCUUACAUUAAAACCACCACAUCAUAAAUUAA